AUGACGGAUGCAGCUCCCGGGACCCAAACCCUUGGGCAUCCGUCGCCAAUUCCAGACUUUUUCAUGAAGCUGGGCCCAACAACGCCCCAACAGGCCCUGACGGUGGAUGUGGUGGUGGAUGCUGCCUUCCGCCCUGACUGCUACUGUACCAGAGCGACAGGGCUCAAGGCGGAACAAGAACCGGUGGGAUUGCUGAUUGGACCGCGGAUGCUGCGCACCUGUGUUGAUCGAUAG